AUGGAGUUUGAGCGUGCGCUCUUUCGAAUCCAUCAGAAGGCGCUGCUCACUGGACCUCUGCGGCGACUGCGGCUCCAGCUCGAAAGAGUCCUGCCCCUGUUCAUCGCGGUUCAGAUCGUUGUCCUCGUGGCACUGCAUCGCGCCUAUGUGGGGCAGUCCAACUGUUUGCCACAGGUCCUGCAACAUGCGGGUCUGUGGAACGACACCUUGUCCCAGCCGGUCCUAGCGGACGACGCAGUGCUCUUUCUCAGCCUCAGCAGUGGUGAUGGCAUCACCGACCUGACCUUCGUAGAAAAAACUCCGAACUCCUCGGUGGUGUUCAGCGAGAGCAACUCGCUGGCGCUGUACCGCUUUGCGCUGGACCGGGAACUGGCACAGCUGCGGAAGGGGGUCUUCCAACGCCACAAUUUCGAGGUGCACAACGUCUCGUUGUCCGUGAACUGUUUGGCUCCCUACGGCCCCUUGGCGCAGGCGCUGCAGGUCUUCGAUGCCUGGGACGGCCUCGUGAUCAAUGAGCUGGCCUACGGUUUUCAUUCCCGGGGCUUUUUGGAGCGCCUGCAAAAUGACGAGACCUUGGAAGCCUGGGCUUGGACAGAGGACCAGGUGGAGUCUCAGGGCCACUCCCUGGUGCUCUCCUUGUUACGGAAGGCCAUGUUGCUUCUCAGCGCCUCUUUGUCCUUCGGUCUGAUCUCCGCCGUCACGGGGCUCUUCAUCCGCAUCGCGGUGCAUGGCUCGGCGGUGCUGAUGUUCCCCAUGGCCCUGGCGGCCCAGUACUUGGGCAUGAGCACCAGCCGCAUGAGUCUGCACAUCUUGUCCCGCAGCUUUCCCUGGAUCGGCGUGCACGUGGACGUGCUGCGCGCGGGGAACCGCCCCCUGUGGCCGCUCUUCCGGUCACACCUGGUGUUUCUCCUCAUCCAAUCCUUCGCCUACUUGAGCUGCAACCUGGCCUGGCGGUUCUUGCUCUAUCGCAAGUCCGCUCCCGAGGGCUUCGAAGAGAACAUCUUCAGCUUGUGUUCCGUCAUCGAGCUGUUCAACCUCAUCUUCGUGCGUUCAGUGCCAACGGCAGCCUUGUACCCCAAAGUGGUGACUGCAGCGGUGGUCUACUUGCACUUCUACAUCUUGAGUUCCUUGUACCCCUUCCAUGGCCUUAUGCUGAUGCUCUGUACAUCUGUGUGUGUCUACACCAUGGUCUACUGUCUCAAUCACUUUGAGGAGCCGGCGCUGGCUGCAGAUCCCUUCAGCCACAGCACACCCACCUCCGCGCACCCGCGGGCGCUGUUUCUGCCGCUCUUGUCGCCCUCCUGGACCCUUGAGGCCGCCCCGUUGUGGACCAUGUUCUACUCCGCUGAGCCGGGGUCGGCGUUUCCAGAGGAUGCCAUGAGGCACAUCCAAAGCGAGGAGUACAACAUGCCAUAA